AAAGUUUUUCCUUUCGACCCUGCCCAGCCAACCCAUGCCUUUGUAUUUUCUGGUUUCUACAUGCAUGUUAACUUUCUACUUCUUUUUUUCGUGCAUAAGUUCAUGGCCGUAUGGCUUGCAACUUUUGCGUGAACAAGGUGUUGCUAGUCGGCGGAAGAAUGCCAUUGUUUCUUCGUCACAACCUAAUAAUGAUCCAAAUGAUGAGAGAACGCCAUGACUGACAAUGCUAAAACAUUCUGAAGACCAUGUUACCCUUAUUGGCUAACGGUUUAUGUUUGAUAACCUGAAAUAAAUAUUAAAGACCUAUUUUUUCAAAACUUUCUGUUAAAUACUCUUGCGCAACCGGCAUGCUUGCGAAACUGAAAACAAGUUUUCAAACUUAGUUUGUAAUUUACGUUAAAGAUUAUUAUACAUACAUACAUGCUUAGCGGUAGUUUUCUUGAGAAAUUGACUGUUUUUGUAUUUUCAUGCAGUACGAUAAAAUGCUGGUUUUAUAGCGUGCCGGUUACGCAACAGCCUUUAAAGGUUUUUUAUCUGUUAUUGGCGGAUAUUGGUCGCCAACCUGUAAGGGAGCUUAUGGUCAGCAUUUUUCUAGGUUGAUGAUGAUUACGAGGCUGCUUUCUCCCGCCAAAAUGUUGACGCGAGCUACUAAAUAAAAUAGGCAUCGAUUUCAUGCAUCUGCAAGGGAGCUAAGAAAGUGUUACCUAGCAGCUUUAUGGUUAGUGUUUGAUCAGCUAUUUGCAAUAAAUAAUUGCUAUUUUUAAGCUCUUUCAAGCCAAUAUGUAAGUUGGUUUCAUAAAGAACAUAAACUGGCCUCCUAGUGCUUGCAAUUUCGCACCUCUGUGUGUGGUUACAUAGAUAAGGAUAGGGUUUGGGUACGUAUCGGCGUCCAAGAGGUGCGAAACUGGGUUGAUUAUGAUUAUGCACGUUGAUUUUUAAUGACAUUUUUUAAUUCUUCUAAGUUUCUGCAGAAGAAGGCAAGUGAGGUCUUCAUACUACUGUGUUUUUGCCACGCCCAUAAAUAAUUUCGCGAAAAUAUAUGGGGAGUGAAGCUAUCAUAUUUUGCAAGGAGUGUUGUAGUUUCUCUGUUUUCUAGAUUUUAAAAUCAUGGCAAACCCCAGUCUGGUAAGUUUCAAAAGAUUCCAUUGCAGUAUUUCACUGUGAUAUUCAAGUCAUGUUUGAUAGGAUAUCCUGCCCCACUUCGUUUUGCUUUAAUUCUUUUUAUUGAGAACCUAGUUCAAAGGCAAUGCAAACAGGAUUGUUUUUGUGUAGAAUUCAGAAAUUGUUCAAAAAUUAUCAUUUUCUUGAGCAAAAGGUCACCAAGUAUAUCUUCUUGCAUUAGAUGAUGGGUGACAUCAAACUGGAUUCUGAGGCUAAUUCACUUAAGCAAGGGAAGUUUUCAAAGGUUUUAAAGGACAAUAUCAUUGAGGCACUAGAAGAGUUAAGGCUUAAAAGGAAACUUGAAGAAGAAAAUGCUGACAGAAUCAACAAAUUACUGAAAGUAAAAUUUGACCUAUGUCAUGAAAAGGACGAAUUGCAUUAUAAGUAUGAGAAAAAGAUUAAAGAACUGGUUCACAAAUUAGCCGAUUCUGAGAGGAAUCUGCAAGAAACUUCAGAAAGACUAGGAAGUUUAGAGACAAGAAAAACAGCUCAUCAGCAGUGUGAAAAUGAAGGAAUGAAGAUCUUGAAAGAAGAAGUUAUUGCUCUUCAGCUGGCUAAGCACAACCUUGAGAAAAAAUGGAAGGAACAGGAGUGUCACUAUGACAUGCAGACAGCUGCGAAGGAAAGUCUGAUGCACCAAUUCAGUGCUCUGCAAGAUAAAAUCAAAAGUGUGGAGGAGCACAGAGAUCAGAUUCGAUCUGAACUGAUGAAGCUAGAAUCUGCAGUCCAAAAGGCAAGCCUCUUUCAAAAUCGAAUUCUCAGAAUAAACAACCAUCAGCAAUGCAGUCUGGAGGAAAGCAGGGCCAAACUUGCCAAAGCAUUUGAUGAAAUAACGAAGCACAAAACCACAAUAAACAAGAUGGCCGCUCGUUUUACUAUGACCAGCCAAGCAGAGUCUGUACCAGCACAAAAGUCGACAGAGCCGAAACAUGAUUUAUUGAAAGUGAAGCUUGAAGAACAGGUCGAUCAUCUUAGAAAAGAAAAUGAGAGGCUGUUAGAAGAAUUAUCUAAGCAAACAGCUCUAGUGAGGCAACUUAGUGAGCGGAUUACCUUGAUGUCAAAUUCAGAAAUGGGCUUGCAAUUUGAAAUCGAUGAUCUAAGCGCCGAAAACCUCAAGUUGAAAGAUUCUUUGCAGACAAAAAGAGAACUUGCUGAGAAAGAAAUUCAGACAAAUGAAAUCGACUUCAACACUGAAAUGUCCCAGCCCAUUGAAAAAGAUAAUGAGCCAAAUUUUACUUCAGAAACAGGCCGUGAUGCCGAAAUUCAAAGCCCAGCUGAGAUGAUCGAAGCUAUAAUUGACAAUAGCAGCUUGGUCGAAGAGUCUGUAGCAAAAAAAGAAGCAGAAAGUGGGACAGCUUCAUAAUGUCAUUGUUUUUAAAUUUGUUCAACGUCAUAUUUUUUCGUUUCUUUGCUGGCCGUUAGCCACCUUUGCCAUUUUUUAAGAACCAGGAUUUGAUUUCUCUAAGUAUAUCUUGAGGAAACAAGCCACAUUUUGAGCAGUGUAUUGCUACAUUCAGUUUUUAAAGGCCGUCUUUCAAAUUGGAUUCUCCAUCUUUUCUAAAUAGAACCUUUAAACUUUUUGGCUCUUAUCAAUGCAAAUCACUUGAACAGCAUAUGUGGAUAUCACUAUGGUCAAUUAAAAUUGCGAUGACAUAGUUGCAAAUUUUAACAGGAUUUAUGAAUUUAACUGAGCGAAGAUUUGCCCGAGUAACAGGACCAGAGCAGGACUCGGAACUAUGAUCACAGCCAAUGUGCGUGUUUUAUUUACCAACAAAUGGUGGUAUAGCAAAGACGUACAGCGUCGCUGAUUGUGGCUGGCCUAUAAUCAAAUGUUCAAAUAGACAUGCUCAAGUGUAGCUUGGGCAAUCAGAUGCGACAACAGGACUGUAACCAGUUUUACAAGUUAAGGAAGAUCUGUACAUGAAAGAUCUGUAGACUGUAAUAACCUACUAACAAAAAUUAAGUGCCGUAUUUGCAGGGUUGUACCCCCCAAAAGCAAUCCCUUGUACACAUUUGGUAACCCAAAAGCUUUUCAUCUUCUAGAAUUUCUUGAAGACAUUUUACGCUCUACCUUUGGUGGCAAGUCUGAGUUUUGAAUUUCAUGGCUCUUUUUAACCAUUUUGACCAGGCAGUUGUAAAAUUAACUGAGCUUGUUAAAUUCGAUCACCUACAAGCGUUGUGUGUAA